GGCGGCGGGGCCGCGGCCGCGGGCUCCGUGAGCCCCUGGGACAUCGCGCUGUGCGCCACGGGCACGGCGGUGGCGGGCGAGAACGCGCUGGUGCUGGCCGUGCUGUUCUACACGCCGAGCCUGCGGGCGCCCAUGUUCCUGCUGAUCGGCAGCCUGGCGCUGGCCGACCUGCUGGCCGGGCUGGGGCUGGUGGCCAACUUCGCCGUGCGCUACCUGCUGCGGCCGCCCAGCGAGGCGGCGGAGCUGGCGGCGGCGGGGCUGCUGCUGGCCGCCUUCUCCGCCUCCGUCUGCAGCCUCCUGGCCAUCACCGUGGACCGCUACCUGUCGCUGUACAACGCGCUCACCUACCACAGCGAGCGCACGCUGGGCUUCACCUGCGCCAUGGUGCUGCUGAUGUGGCUGCUGUGCCUGGGCGUGGGGCUGCUGCCCCUCCUGGGCUGGAACUGCCUGCGGGACCAGAGCUCCUGCAGCAUCCUGCGGCCCGUCACCAAGGACAACGCGGCCGUGCUGGCCGUCACCUUCCUGCUGCUCUUCGCCCUCAUGAUGCAGCUCUACCUGCAGAUCUGCAAGAUCGCCUUCCGGCACGCCCAGCAGAUCGCCGUGCAGCACCAGUUCAUCGCCACGGCGCAGGCCACCUCCACCCGCAAAGGGCUCUCCACGCUCUCGCUCAUCCUCGGCACCUUCGCGCUCUGCUGGAUCCCCUUCGCCAUCUACUCGCUGGUGGCCGAUUCCAGCUACCCCGCGGUGUACACCUACUCGCUGGCGCUGCCCGCCACCUGCAACUCGCUCAUCAACCCCAUCAUUUACGCCUUCCGAAACCCGGACAUCCAGAAGUCGCUCUGGCUGGCCUGCUGCGGGUGCAUCCCUUCCACGUUCUCCUCCAGACCAAGGACAUCCAGCGACGUGUGA